AUGGCGACCAAGUUAGUUCCAAUCUCCAGCCCAGGACUUCACCUCGGUGACAGUGACGGGCUAAGAGAAAAAGAAGCUCGUCUCUCCGGUACCGAAGUUUCCUCCAGUGAAGAACCGCACAUAACGCACAAGACCUUGCCUCUGCAAGCAUACAUGCACUACGCUGAGAUCCAGCGUGACUAUGAAAGAGUGAAUGACACGGAAGGCCUAUUUGCUGCGCAGGCGGAGCAAAUCGAGGCUGACCCGCAUAGUAACAUGUCGAGUGUGAAGCUGGACGCUCAAAGAGCACUUCGUAUUGCCAAAGCGUCUUCUGUUUUCUUUUUGAUCACCACAGACAUCCUGGGUCCUACCAACGCACCAUAUGCAGUUGCACAAAUGGGAUGGGCGCCCGGUAUUAUCCUUUACGUUCUUUUUGGUAUUUUUGCUGCCUUAGGCGGAUGGCUACUGACCCGUUCCUUCUGCAAAGUUGACUCCAAUAACUAUCCUAUUAGGACAUUUUCAGAUCUUGCUGGACGUGCUGUUGCACCUUGGUUCAAAUUUCCACUUGCUAUUCUGCAAUUCAUCCAAUUGAUCUUAAACUGCGGGGUGCUUUUGCUUGGUGUCGCUCAAGCUGUGUCUCAAAUGCAAAUUGUUACCAAAGGCCACGAUGGACUGUGCUUCACGGUUGACAUCCUGGUGUGGGCUCUGUUGUGCAUGGCUGUAGGUCAGAUCAGGUCUUUCAGAAAAUUCACGCCUAUCGCCAACUCUGCUGUGUGGAUGAACAUCGCAAUUUGUAUCAUUACCAUGGUUGGUGUUGCGGUGGGAGGUCCUUACUACGGUAUCUUCACGCAGUACGGUAAGGGAGCACCUUAUUUCGAGCCAGAUUCCUUCAUUCCAUUGCCUGUCAAGCAUCACGCUAUCGCUCCUGGAACCAUCAGUGACAAAAUCUCAGGUAUGAACAACAUGGUUUUCGCAUGGGGCGGUGCGACGCUUUUCUGUGAAGUGAUGGCAGAAAUGAAGAAACCCAUGGACUUCUGGAAGGGUAUGAUUUGCGCCCAGGGUCUAAUCAUGGUUGUCUACCUCUUUUACGGACUUUUCGUUUACGGCUACAACGGCCAGUUCAGUUAUGUGACCGCCAACCAGGGUAUUGGUUCUAUUGGUCUACAAAACGCCGCAAAUGUUCUGAACAUUAUCACGCAAUUAAUCGCCGCCGUGCUUUACGGAAAUGUAGGUGUCAAAGUCUUCUACCAGGGUUUCAUGGUACCGUACUUCAGGUUCCCCGAGUUGAUGACCCGCAAGGGAACAGUGGUCUGGGGUUUCUUUGUUACCGGAUACUGGGCUAUCGCCUAUAUCCUUGGUACUGCCAUUCCAUCGGUGAGUGCCUUAGUGUCGAUCAUUGGUGCAUUCUGCAUUUUCAAUUUCUCGUACACUUUCCCAUUCUUCUUCGCUUUCUGUCUGCUAUGGCGCCAAGAUGCUGGUUUGAACGAUACUUUCGAUCUCACAACGCUUACGGUCGAGCAAGGUGAUUCAUAUUUGAGCGGCUUCUCCCGUUGGAAGCGUGCUAUAGCACAUGGUGGCAUGAGACGCUUCACUAUCAAGCUUGCACUAAUGUUGGUGUGUUUGGCCUCUCUAGCUACCUGUGGGCUAUGUUCCUAUUCGGCAAUUGAAGGUGCCAUCGACGCCUAUAAAACAAAUCCCGCUCAGCCUUUCACUUGUACUUCACCUGUGACCUAA